AAUUGAACUAGAUUUCGGAGCCGUGGUUUACCUGCAUAAUUUGCAACAAAACAAAACAAUCUUUUAAGCAAAUAGAGGCUAAGAAGAACCAACUAUGACAGAGCCUGCCGAAGAGACCCCUGAUGCGGUUAUGGAAUCCCCCGUGUCACUGCCAAUCGCCUCCCAAUCCCUGGACUCCGCCGCCAUAGAAGAGUUCGACGAGGACAAACCGCUCAAAGCAAAGAAGAAAACCAAGAACCCAAAGGGUCGCCACUCGGAAUCCGACCUGGGAUCCGAGCUUAAGAAGCUUGCUCAGCGGCGGAUCAACGUAGCCGGAGCUCCGAAAAUGCCACUCAACGGCUACGUCAGGUUUAUGAACGAUCGGCGCGAGGAACUGCGUCGGGAGCAGCCGCAGCGCACUGCCCUGGAGCACACCAGGAUCAUCGGCGAGGAGUGGCACCAGCUGCCCGAGGAGCGCAAGGUGCCCUACAUGGAGGCAGCCGCCAAGGACAAGGCCAUAUAUCAGGAGCAGCUCCAACUGUUUCUCAAGGAACACCCCGAAAUUGUGGCCAGAGAACUGGCCAAGGCCAAGAAGGCCACCAAGCUGGAGAGUUCGCCCAAGGAGAAGACACCCAAGGGUGAGUCCACCAUAGGAAAGGCGAAAAAGACCAAGGCGAAGCCGCUAAAGCGGCAGAGCGAGGACCCAGAUGACGUGCCCCUGGCCAAGGUGAAACGUGCCCAGACACCGCCGCCUCCAACACCUCAAGCGCCUCCGGCUCCUGUUCAGCCCGCUCCCAGCAGCGUGGCACCCGCGCCACGACCCCUGCAGCCUGGCGAGAUUCCCAUCUACACCAACGAGUUCAUCGAACACAAUCGUAGCACGGAGAACGAGCUGAGGACACUGCGCAAGGCCAAGACCGACUUGGAACAGCAGAAUGCGGUGCUGGAGCAGCAUGUGGACAACACAAAGGCCGGUUAUGCCAAGGUAAUGGGCGAGGUGAACGAGCUUAUGGAGGAAAAUCGACGCCUUGAGACCUACGUGCGCGGUUUGCGCCAGAAACUGGUGGCAGCUCUCGGUGGAGUCUCUCUGCCUCCUCUGGAGCCCAGUGGUCCUAGUGUGGGCAACAUUGACAAGUACAUCCGACACUUGGCCGGACUCGCUAAUCAGCCAAGCAACGUCACAUUAAUCAAGGCACGAGAAGCUCUGCGCAAGGUGGACACCGGUUGCCUGCUAAAGCCCUAAAAUAAUCCCAUUUAAAGUUAAGACAGUAUUCAUAGACAUACCCGUAUUUAUAUUAUAACUUAAGAUAAUUAACCCAAGGAAAUCAUGUAUUUGCACGUUAUGUUAAACAUUUAUGGUCAGCUAUGGAUUCGGUAAACCAUAUUCCAUGCUGAAAUAAAUAAUAAUAGAUCUAAGAGCGCUCAUAUCUGUACAUGUAUUUGCUUAUCAGUGCUUCUGAAGAUUAUAAACCCAAGGAAAUCAA